AUGUACAUGCGCUAUCUCUCCGUGACCAUUCCAUCCUGGGCUUCAGCCAUCUUAGCCACGCCAUUACAGGGCCCAGACGGUCAGACCAUCGAAUUGUCUAAAGCUCCCAACCUCACGACCCUGGAUCUGUUGCUCCCUUCGAAUGCAUCUAUCCAAGACCUCAACGCUUCGAGCGGGAACGGUUUAGACAUUCGAUGCGACGGCGCGAGGUAUGGCUUCAACCCGUCGCUGUCUGAUUGCGAAGGUGCUCGAUCAUACAUUCCCCCUGACUCAGAACAAUAUGUCUUUGGAGAAAGACAUACUGGAUUGCCGACGAGUACUUUUCCACUUCCGUACAUUAUCAUGGGAGACAAAGCCGAAUGUUUCUUCCAAGCCAUGUUAAUCGGAGGGAGUGCCACAGCUCGCGCAAGUCUAAGUCAAAUCCGUAACGCAGCAUCUGCUCUUUUCUUGACAUGUGCGUCAAACGAUCCCUCACAAGGUGGCAUUGUCAGUAAUAUAGGUGGUGACAACAAUAUCGCCGUGGUAAUGGGCGUUUUCGAGCCAAAGGUACAAUGUCGAGGCAACUUUGAUACUUCACUCUCCUGCAGAGAUAUCUUGGCCGAUAUGCCAGCAACAACGGAGUUGGAGGUAUUCGGUCCCCACGAUGCUCCAUUUGUCAAAGAGAUGCUUCCCCUGGAAGUCGCCUCAGCGGACAACCAGUGCAUACUGAGACUGUUCUCUACCGGCAGGUCUGACGUGGUUGCUUGGUAUAGGAUCUGGGAGGCUGUGGAAGCUACAUUCGCUAUGUGCGGGAGGUUUUUGGAAGGGGGUGUUAUAGGGGACUUGGUUGGCCAGCAGGGCAAUGUUUUUCUCACAUUGGGAGCUAGAUCUCCCACUGUAUCGACAGGCAAUUGGUCCGAUGACGCUACAGCGUAG